AUGACACCAGAGAAGCUGGCAAGAGUGGCUUUCAGUGAGACAGGAGGGCCAGCGCUGAGAUUUGACCUGGAAUCGACCAUCACUGCCAGCCCCAACGGCAACAUGUGUCCCACUGGCUCUGAACCGAAUUACCGCUAUUGUUCUCUAGUUCUUCGCUUCCUUGAUUUGCGAGUACUCACGGUGGCAGACUUUCCUUGUUCCUUUUUGAGGGUAUCCAAACUCCACCGAAUCCUUGAUAGCAUCCGGUGGUGGCAUCAUGUGACCCACACCAUGGUGCCAAUAUUAAAUCUUCGACAUUGCGCAAAUAGCUGCACGGUGAGGUGUGGAAGUCCUCCGUUGCGGUCCAGAGGUGGUGGUGAAGGAUACAACUUCCUACCUCCUCCGCCUCCACAAGUCAUACCCCGAAGCUUCUUGCGCAUGAUGAUUGUCACUUUGUGGAUUGUACAGAAACCCCAUGUCUUGUCACCUGUUAUGAUCCCCUUCAACAGGGUAGGGUUCGCUGCCAUGGUGUCUGGUGAGGACCGGGCGAACAAUGCAUCCAAUACCGACGAAGAGGAUCAGUUCAUGUGUCAGCCCAAGCCCAACGUCACAUCGGACUCAUCGCCAGAUGCUGGCCAUCUGCCAAAUCCUUUAACCUUGGCUGAAAACUUGGGUCUAGAUACCUCCACCUCCCCAACCAGAUUAAAAUUUACGGCAGUGGACAUUUUCGGAAUAGUAUUUUCAUUCCUUACAUACGUUGUGGACGUUUCGACCGAUGUCAUUCUUGCCGCUUUGUACGUGAAAUAUGAAAGAUAUGAAUAUUUCCUGGUCACUCUUCUCUUCAUUGCAUUCUCUUCCAUUGUCACAACAGCCGUCAGUCUCAGAUGGUACAUCCAUGAUGCAGAAAGUGCAUAUCUUCCUGAAGUCACUUUGAAGCGAUGGACUUUCAGAAUUAUUUGCCUGCUGCUUCAGUUUGGUCCCCUUCUCAGGUAUGCUGAUGCAUUGUGGUUCGGCAUGAAGUUCUGUCGUACAUUGAAGUCUCCUGGUGUUGACAAGCAGAAGAUAAAAGCUGCUUUCUAUUUGAUGGUGUUUGAGGAUGCUGAUUCAACCCUCUUGAGAAUUUUCCAAUGCUUUAUGCAAUCAGCACCACAGCUGGUGUUCCAAUUUUUCAUCCUCAGCAGUGAUGUCUACCACAACCAAGUCAAUCCCAAGAUAUGUCAACUUCAUAGUGUUUUCAAGUAUAUCCGAGAAAAGUUGAUAUCACGUGUUCUGGCUCUGAGUCUGUUUGCAUCCCUCUAUACAAAAUGGAUCUUCCUUGUUCUUGCUCUACAUUGGUUCAUCAUGGUUGUUUGGAUUGGAAUCACAAAAGCUGCAGCCUGCAACAGCAAGUGUGAAGAGACUUUCUUUAACAUCAUUCUAGCAUACAUCUACACUUUCACAUUCUUGAACAUCAAGAAUGAGCCAACUCGUUACAAGUACCUCCUUUAUUACUCCUUCUGCUUCUUUGAAAACACAGUUCUUAUCACACUGUGGUUUUCAUACAUCAUGGAUUCUGGCAUGGAAGAGCAUGGGAAUGAGUCUGCUUUGCCUUUUACUAAGGCUGUUACUAAGACUGAAAUAUGGUUUUCCAUUGCUGAAACUAACUCCCCCAAUUUGGGAACAGGCUGA